AUGAGCAGCGGCGCGGGGAGCGGCGGUGGCGGCAGCCCCGGCCAGCCGCCGGAGGGCCCCGCCCCGCGCUCGGAGGCGACGGCGACGCCUCCUCCUCCUCCGGCUCCUGAGGUAACGGUCGCCCCCAGCGAGAAGCCCGAGACGCGCUCGGUGUGCAGCAACAGCAGCGGGGAUGGCGGCGGGGUCGGCGCCGGCCCCAUCUGCAAGAUCUGCUUCCAGGGCGCCGAGCAGGGUGAAUUGUUAAAUCCCUGUCGAUGUGAUGGGUCAGUUCGGUAUACACAUCAACUUUGCCUAUUGAAAUGGAUUAGUGAAAGAGGGUCCUGGACUUGUGAACUCUGCUGUUACAGAUACCAUGUUAUAGCAAUUAAAAUGAAACGGCCUUGUCAGUGGCAAAGCAUUACUGUAACUCUGGUUGAGAAAGUGCAGAUGAUUGCUGUAAUGUUGGGAUCACUGUUCUUAGUAGCAAGUGUAACUUGGCUUCUGUGGUCAGCCUUCAGUCCUUAUGCAGUAUGGCAAAGAAAAGAUAUCCUUUUUCAAAUCUGCUAUGGAAUGUAUGGUUUUAUGGAUCUGGUGUGCAUAGGACUUAUUGUGCAUGAAGGGGCCUCAGUCUGCAGAGUAUUUAAGCGUUGGCGGGCUGUCAAUCUGCACUGGGAUGUAUUAAAUUAUGAUAAAGCUACAGACAUAGAAGAGAGCAACCGAGGAGAAUCCACAACAUCUAGGACUUUGUGGUUACCACUAAAUGCAUUUAGAAACAGAAGUUUAGUUCAUCCAACACAGUUAACCUCACCAAGAUUUCAGUGUGGCUAUGUUUUGUUACAUCUCUUCAGUCGGAUGCGACCUCAGGAGGAUUCAUCAGAUGAUAACAGCUCUGGAGAGGUUGUUAUGAGAGUGACUUCAGUGUAAAAAGUUAUGGUCACUAUGCUACACGCACAAGAACAAUGUGCCCUGACCUCUCGC